GAAAAAAAGAAUAGUGUUUGCCACGUAUACGUCUGUGUGGUUGCAUAUGAGCAGCUUAGUUGUUCCACGUGUUUAGUGUUGUAUAGAUAGUUUAUCCCUCAGUAUUAACCCAGUAUUAGUGUGGUCUUGUAUAGGAUUUCAUUUUGAAAUGUUGUUAGCAACUUUUAAUUGGUUAUGUUCGUCUUUAUUAUUGUACGUAAGCGGGGCGAAGUUGCCGGAACCAGAGGUGAAAAUAGAGGUUCUUCACAAGCCUUUUAUCUGUCACCGAAAGACAAAAUUUGGGGACAUGCUGCUGAUACAUUACGAAGGGUUUUUGGAGAGCAACGGGACAAUGUUCCACUCCAGCCGCACACUUGGCGAUAAACAUCCUGUUUGGUUUACUCUUGGAAUAAAGGAAGUUAUCAAAGGCUGGGAUAAAGGCCUGCAAGGCAUGUGUACAGGAGAGAAAAGGAAACUGACUGUGCCACCAGCCCUUGCCUAUGGAAAAGAGGGAAAAGGAAAAAUACCUCCUGAGAGUACACUGAUAUUUGAUAUUGAAUUAAUGGAGAUCAGAAAUGGACCCAGGUCUCAUGAAUCAUUCCAGGAAAUGGACCUUAAUGAUGAUUGGAAGCUCUCUAAGUUGGAGGUCAAAGAGUAUUUGAAGAAAGAAUUUGAAAGGCAUGGCUAUUCCCCCAAUGACACCCAACAUGAAGUGAUGGUUGAAGAUAUUUUCAAGAAGGAAGAUGAAGAUAGUGAUGGAUACAUAUCUGCUAGAGAAUUUACAUACAAGCAUGAUGAGUUGUAGAAAAAGAGAAAAUAUUUGAAAGCUUACCUUUUGUGAUAUAGCAUCUGUAAAAACAAGUUGGGUAUUGGCUAUUAGGAAAACAUUUUUGAAUAUUUCAAUGUUUUUAAAUUUAAUGACAUCACAUUGUAGUUUAAAUAUGAAAGACGUUUUUGUUGUGUCAUACUUGUUUGUUACCUAAAAAGGUCUUUUUAUGUAUAUAACAGCCAUUUUAUAAUGGAAAAUUUCCAAAGCAUGUUACAUUGUUUCUGUGGGGAAAAUAGGAAACAUGCAAGAUGUAUCUAAUGUAAAACACAAAAAUCAUAAAGAGUGCUGUUGUUGCAUAAUGUUCUGUGUCUUGCCAAAUGUUUGAAAUUUCAGACCUCCAGCACCUCCAAGAUGGUACUAUGCCCUUUGAGUGGGCAAUUUCAGACCUUCGUUUUAAAAGUGAUGUAAUAGUGAUAUGUUCCUUAAAGGCUAUACAAAUACUGUACAACUGGCUGUCUGCCAAAUAUUAUUUUAAAAUAACUAAAAUCUUAA